CGAAGCAGCACACACAGAUCUUCCUAUAGAUGUCAAUCCACCAACGACCGAAUAAAUCAGACAAAUCAAGAGCGGGAAAGCAGCAGGACCCGUCAAUAUACCAGCUGAAGCAAUGAAGUCAGACAUCGAAGUAACUACGAACAUGCUUCAUCUUCUAUUUAAGAAGAUUUGGGAGCAGGAACAGGUGCGAAUGGACUGGAAAGAAGGACACCUCAUCAAGAUUUCAAAGAAAGGAGAUCUGAGAAAGUGUGAAAACUACAGAGGCAUCACACUACUGUCAGUAAUAGAGAAAGUCUUUAACAGAGUGUUGCUGGACCGGAUGAAAGACUCAGUAGACGCUCAACUUCGAGAUCAACAAGCUGGACUCCGUAGGACCGGUCGUGCACAGACCAGAUUGCGACAUUACUGAUCAUCGCCGAACAAUCACUUAAGUGGAACUCGUCACUGUGCAUCAACUUCAUUGAUUAUAAGA